AUGUUCACGCCAAUAUACAGUUCACCUUUCCCAGUACUCAAUCCUCGGGUGCGGUACAAGACAGCGCUGGAAAGAGCAGGAUUUGACGUAGCCUACAACGGCCCGGAACCUGGAGCACAUCCAAGCGGGACGAGGUCGCCUAGUGGUGGGCAACAUUCCACGGGGGCUAGCGUACGUGCGUACCGCUACGAAUCCAGCACCAGCCUUCCCAAUUCCCGGUACGGUAAUGGCAGCGGUCAUGCGCCGGUAGUUGCGCAGAGCGCGCAAGCAAGCGCGUCGGUUACGAAUGCAAAGAGCGCGCAAGGCUCACCAUACGUGGCGGGCGCCGGGAAUCCGCCCGUUAUUCAGCCCGCGGAAACCAGGAUGUACAAAUCGCUGAGCAACUUGAACCGUGAGUCGUCCAUGUUCGACUUCGAGAACCACGCGUCUCCAGCUCGCAAUACGCACGGUUCGGGCGCGCACAAAAGUGAAAACCAAGAGAUUGCGCGAUUCCCUGCUGAGUCGGAACCCCUCAACCCAGUCGAGCAAAGCUUCAUGCAGCUGACGCAGAGCUCUGGUGUGCGGAACUCCAUGCAAUCUGCGCAAACCACCUCCGCCAACGACACUUCCGACGAAGACCUGAACGCCAGCGUACCAAGUUCUCCUCGAAACGAAUUAAACGAUACCAUAGAUACCAACUCAUAUUCUUCGCACAAUGCGCAACUAACCCCUGCGCAACGUGACAGUGUUUGCAGCGUCAGCUUCACGCCCGUGGCAGAGUUGAAUGUGAGUUUGUCACCCUCACGUAAACGCGAAUCUGCUUUAGUGAGGGAGCCGCGCCGCAGGUCAUCAUUUUACACUCAAAACGCGUUUCAAUCAGUUUCAAUUCCUGUCAUCAAUGUUUCCGAGGCGCAUUCGAAUGUGACGGAUAGCGACGAGAGUGAAAAUAGCGACACCAGCGUUCAAAGUGGCCCCGAUCGAAGUUACACAAGUUUUACUAGCGUUAGCAACACUAACCAUGAGAGUACUUACUCAUUUCAGGCCAGUGUUAAGGAUAGGCCCUCUUACGAAACAGAACAACUGGACGAUGAUAGCAAAGACAAUGAUGACAUUGAUUCCCAAUCGGACCCUACACAAAAUGGCACCCUCGUAUCAUCUCUACAGGUUGAAAGACUGAUAGCCCAACUAGACGACGUUUCUUUUAACAGAAGCUUGAGCGUGAAAAAGAACAGGCCUCUGGGACCCAACCAGACCCACGUUAAAAAAUCUAGUGCGUAUCUUUCAGGUUACAUACCGCCGCUCAAUGUUCCCUCAUCAGGCAUUGAAUCCCUCUUCGACAAUGAUGAUAAACGUGAGGAUGAAACGACUUUGCAGCAACAGGUAUUGACAGUUGAGGAGAAAUCAGUCCCUUCCACGGACAUCUCCCCUCCUUCUUUGUCGACACCGCAAUUCUAUCACUUUAAGACAUCAACGCCAUCACCUUUUGAACAAGAUUCUCCUGAACAGGAGUUCGAUAACAUGACAAGACCAUCAGAGCAUCUAACGGCAUUGGUUGACACUUCUGUAGUUCAGCCCAUGCAACUCAGCAAAAAAAAGUCUAUAAACAACCUCCAGAACCGCCCAACAAGACAAGAAGACAAAACGCCUCUGAUACCGCCCGAUCGCGAAAGUCGCUUGAUACAAUCUGACGAGUUAUUCAGACCUUCAAGUGAACAACAAGACCAUCCAACUGUUUUCAAGUUUCCACCUGGUCAAGGUCCAUGCCGCACCUGUGGUUUGGAGGUUACAACCAAGAGGGUUUAUUCGAAAAAUGAAAACGAACUCUCGGGUCAAUGGCAUCGUCCCUGCUUCAAGUGUAUCGUGUGUGAUCUUCAAUUUUCUAAAAAGGUUCCAUGUUACAUUCUUGACGACGAACCCUAUUGCCAACAGCACUACCACGAAACGAAUAAUAGCAUUUGCGGGAUCUGCAAUGGUUUCAUAGAGGGGGAGUGCCUCGAAAACGACCGAAGCGAACGUUUUCACGUCGAUUGUUUAAGAUGCUUCCGUUGCCAAUCGCCGAUUCGGGAGGAUUAUUUCCUCUUCAACGAGCUCCCGCUAUGUGCUAACCACGAUAUUGAAGCUUUACUGGCAGAGGGCAUUGAUGAAGCCGACUCUGUUGGGCGGUCCAAUACUGUUUCCAAGAGAAGAACAAGAAUUAUCAAUUUUAUCUGA